AUGGCAUCGGCAAUACUAGACAUGGCCUUUGGCACGGAGAAGAACAUCAUUGUGCUGUGUUUGGUAGGUGCAAGUAAGGUUGGAAAAACCAUGUUUGUGCACGGAAUUAAAAAACUACUUGAACAGAAUUACUUUAUCGAUACGUAUAUUUUCAAAGAUGGCAAUAACUUUGACACAAUCUAUCACGAAUUGAAAGAGUUGUUGCGGCACAUUCGAGUAACCGGCGAUGAUUUCCAGACAACAUGCAUAAUAAUCGAUAAAAAUUUACCGGACCCUGCCUGCAGAAAUAAUAUUUUGGUUUUGGCGAGUUUGUACCGUGCCCACACAAUAGGAAUAUUCUUCGAGUACGAUUUCAGCGAAUUGCUCCAUAGAAAUGCAGUUAACUUAGAUGGUAAAGAUUCCACCCACAAUCAAUUCGUAGCCCACGUAUUAGAUACGCAUCCGCCUUCUGUUGCAUAUUCAAACGAGCUUCGUAUGACUGUACCCUGGAAGUUUUCGAUAUAUCCAGAAUUUUUGAAAUUAAUUAGCAUUAUUAUUGGGCUUAAAUCUGUGCCUGAUGUACCUCCAGGGACCAAGGAAGUUAUGAAUUAUAUAAGUCGCACCAAUUUGGUAUACAGUAACUUUGAGAAAGAAAUAUUACCCAAAAUGAAUGUACAUUUGCCAUCACGUUUAUUAGAAAAAGGUGUUCCAGAACCAAAACCAGAUGUUCCCAAUAAUCUUUGGAGCACUCUCAUACGUGUAGGGGGGGGACUGUCAAGCUUUAACUUUAACUACUUUAACCCAACUAUUGUUAAAGAUGCUCAAAAACCUUUCAGUGGUGGUAGCUUUGAAAAUACAUCUGUAACUGGAGAAAAUAAGUCAUCUCAAGAAAGCCCCUUCCCAAUGGAGUUCAUUUAUGCAUACCCAAUAAGUAAACUUGACACACUAACACCCUUGCAAAAACAAAUUGGGAUAUUACUUGAUAAGGAACCCAAUUUCCUGCCAAACCAGCCACCAGCUUCUCAAGGACAACAUGAUAAUGGUUUUGUUGCCGGAGAAUCUAAUUUCUUGCAGUAUCCACAAACAACUUCUCAAGGACAACAUGUACAGCAAAAUAUGUGGCCUCAACAAGGAAAUAUUCCUCCAAAUUUAAGCCAACAUGUGCCAUAUGUCUACCAACCACAAGGACAGCAUAAUUAUGAGCCAGCACCGGCCCAGUACACACUGCCAUCUCAAGAACAACAUGAUAAUGGUGCUGUUGCCAGAGAACCUAAUUCCUUGCAGUACACACCACCACCAUCUCAAGAACAGCAUGAUUACAAUCCAGCAAUGGGUCAUUACACAUUUCCAUAUCAAGGGCAAUUUGUUUACAAACUAACAUCCCAAGCUGUUGCCGGACAACCUAAUUCCUUGAAGUACCCACCACAGGCAACACCACCAUCUCAAGGACAGCAUGUAAAUAAACCAACACAGGCACAAGCAAAUACAUUGCCUCAACAAGAAAAUAUUACACCAAAACAUAGCCCAUAUCUCCAUCAGCCACACCAGUACAGGGUGCCAUCUCAAGGACAACAUGUUUACAAACCAACAUCUGUAGAACCAGAGAAUAUCACCCCAAUAAUGAGCCAACGGUUGCCAUAUGUCCGACAAUUUCAAAAUUCACCAAAUGGUUUGACAGUUAUUGUAAAGAGUCCUCUUACACCACCAACUGGAAACCAAAAACCAUCAAAAAAUGACAACCUAGGGAAUACUACUCCAAAAAUGAGCUCAAAUGUCCACCAACCACACCAUACACCAAAUGGUACAACAACUAUAAUAACUAAGCAUUGCCAAUCAAAUGGUUUGGCAGUCCACCUAAAUGAACAGCUUAUGGGUCUGCAAGUACAACCAAAUGCGAAACGAUUUAUCCAGAAUAACACUCAACAAAUAACCCAGGCAAGCACUUUAAUUCAAGUACCAACUCUUUACUUGGGCCAACCGAAUCAACCAUUGGGUGCCGAAAAUCCAAACCAGCAUUCCAAUCCGGAACCAAGCACAGUCCAACUACCAGAAAAUAGAUCUCCACAAGCCAACCAAGGCGAAAAUGCUAAAUACCAACAGAUUCCAGCUAGAGUGACUUCCAGAAAUGCGUUUGACAGACAGAAAUCACCACCGCCAAGGCCAAAUGUAAGAUCUCCGACAUUACAUGUCUUGCCAUUGCAAAAACCAGGCGAGCAACCCCCCGCAGGUGAGCAACCCCCGGAUCAAUCUUCCACCGAGAAUUCACCAACUUUGGAACCCUUUGUGAUGGGAAGAGUUUUUUACAACUCCAACUUUGGUGCAAACAAAUAUAAUAACAGAGGUGAAGGUGACAAUUAA